UCCGACAUCCCUCGAUGUGUAUAUCGCGGAUGUAACAAAUCGCAAAUCCUCACAAGAGGGCGCCACUGAGGAAUGGUCCUUGGAAACGGAUGAUGCUUUGCCUUUUUCCUGCAAUUUUUAAACCGAUUUUAGAAUGCCUGCCAACGCCAUAGUUUAUGUCCAUUAUGGUCCAUAUGAAAGUUGUGGUGUUGUGGAUCACAGGGAGUCCAGACUCGAGGGCUUAAUGACUGUUUUAAAGGCAGAUGGACACAACCCUGAGCUGGUUAAGAUGAAUGACUGGAAUGUAGUUGAGUUAUGGGUAAAUGGAGAACGAAUAUUCAGCUGUGAUAUCAGAGAAUUAGAUUAUGGUGGUGAUGGUAAACUUGAUGACAUUUGCAGCAAAGCUUUGGAGGCAGUUGUGGAAGCAUAUUAAGGACCUUGAUUUCAAUUUAAUGUUUACACAAAUUUCAUCUAAAAUUGCUUAUCUAAACAUCACUUUGACAUUGUUGCCACAAGUAUGUAAACUGUACCACGUUGAUAUGUGAAGUACAUGUACAUUAAACUGUCUGCUUGCGUUAGAAAAUAUUUUUACAUGUAUGAUCUUUUGAUUUUCUUUUAAUUCGGCCACAGUAGAACUUUCAAUGUACUUUUGAUAUUGCUGCUAUCUAAAUGUUGUUUAGUAAUGUACACUCAAUAUACCAUGCAAAUCAGGAUUGUUAUUUCAUGCUAUAAUAACUGUAAGUUUGAUAAAAGUUAUUUGGUGCCUUUGUAGGAGGUUACCUUUAAUCCUCAGUAAAUUUGUGUCUUAUUUUAAUGAUUUUGCACAUACUCUCAUGACUGUGAUAUGUCUUUCACGCACUAGGUACACUUACUAGGUUUCUACCAGCCAUUUUCUGUAUAUUGUGUAAAUAGCUUUUAUUUUAUGAAUAAAGAUGUCAGUGAUCAACACAAA